UUUCCAAGCAGGCAGGACACUAAGGGGCAGGGUUGCACUCUAGCCUUUCUCUCUCUAGAACGGCGCUCUCCUGCUUUCCUCUUCCGCCCGGCGGGAGGCCUUUUCCGGUUUUUCCUCAGGCUGGCAAUGGCGGAGCCCUCGAGCCUAGGUCGGGCGCAAGAGAAGCGACGCCUUUGGGAGCGGCUUCGUACCGGCCGCCUAGCUUCGUGGUGGAAGAGCCUCUUGCACGACUACGCCGAAGCCUGCAAAGAGGUAGCGCUGGGUGUCAGGCAGCGGCCGGGCAAAGCCUCGCUGUACCUAUCGCUGCUGGCUGCAGCGGUGGGGUGCAGCCUCCACAGCCCCUGUGAAGCCUCUUUCGAGGCGAGCCUCCUGGAAGCCUCAGGCACCCUCCUCCUCCUCUCGCCCUGGAUCCGCAGCAACAGCUCAGAGGAGCACGUCCAACGACUGAUGAAGCUGAAGAAUCGGGGCCAACUGCGUUUCCAGAGCCUGCUCUUUUUUUCCCUCAUGUACGAGGUGCCUUUCGAUGCAAGUGCCGAUCUCUACCAGGUGCACUGCAAGUACCUGAAGCCACGCUGGACAGAGUUCCCCAAGUGUGUUUUGGACGUGGGUUUCUGGGGGCGCUGGUGGGUUUUGCACUCUAAAAUGCAGAAUUCGGACAUUAAUGAUGAGGAGUUUCAGUAUCUACCUGCCCAUCUCAGGGUAGUCUCUUUCCAUAACCUGCACUCAGAAACUAAUGAGAAACUUUUUAAUGAGAAGUACAAGCCAGUUGUUUUGACAGAAGAGCAAAUCCAGCAAGCAGAAAGGGAGAAUCCAAGACAGCUACACACUUAAUAUGCAUUGGUGGCUCUAGUUCACCAUGUGGUGGAACAAAGCGAAAAAGACCUGUAAUCAAAUGUCUGCUUUGUUUUAGUAGCCACAGAUGAAGAUAGGCACUGCCGUUACCAUUAUUGGAUUAAGUACCUACCAAAUUUCAUUUUUGGAUAACCAUGUUUGUUCAUGAUAGCUCUUUAAUGCAAAAACUUCUGAAGCAUAGUCCAACACUCUCCUCCAGUGCUCUCUCUUAUCUCAGUUUCUUCCUCCCCCAACAGUGAUGGAAGUCCCAUUUUGUUUGGCCUCUCUCUUACAGACUCCUCCCUGGCAGGAAGAGGGAAUCUGUUCUCUUCCAUUAUGAGGAGAAGGGUGUUAUUGGACUUCCUUGUGGUGGAUAUGAACAAAGAAUAAGCACCUGUGAGAAAAACAUCCAGUCACUGGCUGUCUCUGACACCUUCUCAAUUCUUUAAAUAUAAUUUCUCAGGAAUGGGAAACAAAUAUGGCAUUUGUCCUUUCCAAGACUUACUCAUAAGACUUGUAGAGCUAGUCCUUCUGCAGAUCUGUUCCCCAGCUAUCCCUCCCUCCCUGAGAAGCGUGUGAAUGUGAAUAAAAUACUUUGUUUGCGACUGCA